AUGUCCAUCCAAUCCGCGUUGAUAGGUCGACUCCUUGGCCUUCUCUUCGAGCGCCCUUUUACACCCGAGGAAAAUGUCGUGCUUCAGACGACAGCAGUUGCGACUGGGACGAUGCCACUUGCGGCUGGGUUCGUGGGUAUCAUCCCAGCUCUUGGGUUAUUGGAAGUGGAAAAGGACGGAUCUGGGCCUGUUAGUUUUACGUGGGGGACGGCUAUUGCGUGGAGCUUUGGUAUUGCGUUCUUUGGUGUUUUCUUGGCUGUACCUCUGCGUAAGCAGACCAUCAUCAAAGAAAAGCUCCCGUUCCCAUCCGGGACAGCGACGGCUCAACUCAUUUCUGUACUCUAUCAACACCCUCUGCGCAAAGAAGCUGCUCCGAAGCAAGAGGCCCGUCCGACGACUGAACCUGCAGAGGAGGCGCAAUGGCUUCUGCAUGAAGAGGUCGAUGCGAGUCUACAACCGGAACAAGGUAUCGCUGCUGAAGUCGAAGCGCGAGACGAGGAUUCGUCGGUAUCUGUACAGCAAGGCUGGUCACCCCUUGUUUGGAGCUUUGCUGCCGCGUGCUUUAUCACUAUCCUCUCGUAUUUCUUUCCCGUUGUGUUCGCCAUGCCAAUCUUUGGCCUCUACCUCGCUCGGGAGUGGUUAUGGUACUUCACCCCGAGUCUAUCAUAUGUCGGACAGGGUAUUAUUAUGGGUUUCCCGACGACAGUGUCCAUGAACUUGGGCAUGUUUGUCGGAUGGGCAAUAUUAUCACCGUUGGCUAAACAUAAUGGAUGGGCACCUGGAAAAGUGGGAGACAUGUCCAAUGGAGGUCGCGGCUGGAUUCUGUGGAUCUCCCUCGCGAUCAUGACCGCCGACAGUCUCGUUUCUCUCACGCCAGUCUUUGGAGAAAUAGUUUCUCACCUCUUGAAGUCUUUCAAAUACGAUGCUCCGAUUCUUGGUAUCGCUGGUGUCAAGAGCGACGAAGAGGUUGAGCCUCCUGCGCGGCUUAUCCCUCGUCGCUGGGUUAUAUGGGGACUUGUCAUCUCCGUUACUGGGGGAACGCUAAUAGUGUGGCUCGUCUUUGGAUACGAGGGCAUCAAGCCGUGGGCGACGCUACUCGGGUUUGCUCUCGGUGGUGCCAUGAGCCUGCUCGGAGUCAGAGCUCUUGGAGAAACCGACCUGAAUCCCGUCAGCGGGCUCGGGAAGAUCAGCCAGUUGUUCUUUGCAGUCCUUCAGCCAGGCAAUGUCGUAGCAAACAUUAUCGCAGGAGGUGUAGCGGAGGCUGGUGCACAACAGGCGGGUGAUCUCAUGCAAGACUUUAAGACGGGUCAUCUCGUUGGAGCAUCACCACGAGCACAGUUUCAAGGCCAACUCAUCGGUUCGCUCGUAUCCAUAUUCGUCACUACGACCGCUUUUAUUCUUUAUUCCAACGCCUAUGAGAUUCCUGGGCCAAACUUUCCCGCACCAACUGCCUACGUUUGGCUAAACCUCGCCCGUCUCUUACGCUCGAGCAGUCUCCCUCCACAUGCUGGCGUGUUCAUGUCCGUUUUCGGUGGCGCGGCUGCGCUUUCAUCUGGCAUUAAGGCGUGGGCUAGUCACGGCCGCAAACCGAGAUGGGUCAAGUGGAUUCCAUCCGGCGUCGCAUUCGCUAUUGGGAUGCUGAAUACACCCAACUUUGCCAUUGCUCGACUCCUGGGUGGAUGUGUCGAGCUGUGGUGGAGAAGGAAAUACAUGAGGAAGAUCAAGGCAGCUAGAGACGGCGAGGAUGAGGAGAAUGAAGAUGGACUAGGAGAACUCGCUAUUGUGAUCAUCGCGAGUGGGUUCGUUCUCGCUUAG